CGAAUGCUUAUCUGUCUUUUGGAUCAGCUUUGGAUCAGCAUGAAAGCAGUUUUCACAUUUUUCAUACUUGUCCUUUUCACUCGAAUCUUCAAACAAUUAAUUGUUUUGGGCAACGCUGAAAGAUAUUAAUCUGAAUGCUUUACCCAGACUAAAUUUCUUUCAUUGAUUGAUUUCCACUUUUCAUGCUAAUUUUUCCUUACAUAGGGUACAAUUAUUACCAUCUAAAAGGCCCAAAAAUAGCCGAUUAAUGAUCCUUCAUUCUAAAUGCAGAAGUUCAGUGGUUGAAUAUGUGUGCUCAUAUUAUCUGAAUUGGCAUGAAGGCUUACAUGUUCUGAUAUGAACCAGGAUUGUUGACUAGGUGCAAACUACGAAGAGUUUAAUGAAGUAAGAUAUGGAAGAUGAAAUUGAGGACAUGGGAGUCUUUUGGUAGACUCUAUUUGUAUGGGAGGCUUAUUACACUUCUUUGAAUUCAAUCAGGGGAGGAUGGCCAAGAAAGUCCUUGCUCGGAAGAGACAUCAUGGUGGCCUGGAAGCUCCUCGAAAUAGUCUAGAUCUGCAAGUACAAACCCCUCAGAACUACUGCCCACAAGGAGAAUUAUCAUGCAGUUAUCAAGUGGAAGAAGAGGGCAGGUCUGAGAAUAAUCGUUAUUCAAACGUGGGUUCAAUGAAAAAACUGAUCAAUGAGGAGCUAUCCAAACAAUCAAGCACCAGGCAAAAUGCGCCAAGCCUUGUGGCAAGGUUGAUGGGGAUAGAUACGAUGCCAUUAGACACUAAAUAUGUUGUCCCAUCAGAUAAGAGAAUGAGUGAAAACGUGGGGAAGAAGUCUUCAGAGAAAGGAUUGAGUCGAAGGGGUUCAGUUAGUUGGGGUUCUUCUAACUUUAAUUCUUCGAGCCAGAUGGAUUUUGAGUCAUUAUACGAAGACAUGGAUGUUGAUGACAACGAUGAUGGGUGGAACAAGAGUUUUGGAGAACCAAGGCAGCGGGAUCAUCCUCAGGAAGAGGAACUACAGAAAUUCAAGAAAGAGUUUGAAGCAUAUCAAGCAGCAAGGUUUCAAGAGUGUUCGAAGGUUGCUGAAAUUGGUAGUGUUCCUAAACGGUUGCUAGUUCAAGAAAACUCGAACAAGGAAAAGGUGAUUCAUAGUGAUUUAGUUUUACAAAGAGCAGCAGCAGGGAAACCUGCAGAUCUUGAUAACCAUUCAUUCAAAACACCACCACCUGAAAGUUAUGGUUCAGAAUAUCAUGGUGACAUGAUGGAGUUAGUCUCAGCUACUCAAAGGAAAACCUUUCCUCCUAGGAGCAGAACAUUAAGUAGAGACUUUGAGGAGUCCUUAAUGAUGAAAUCCUGCAACAGAUUAGACACGUCUGCUUCUCCCACCAGGAUAGUUAUCUUGAAGCCUGGUCCUGAGAGCAUUAGCAACCAUGAAGAGAAUUGGACCAUUUCAACCGGAACUAUACAAGGGAGAAAUAGUAUAGAAGAUUUUCUUGAAGAGGUGAAAGAGCGUUUAAAAUGUGAACUGCAAGGGAAAAUUGUCAAAAAGAUUUCUGUGGUUCGAGGGAGUGGAAUUGAAACACCUUACAAUGAAAAACCAUCUGAUCCUAAACUAAUAGCUCGACAUAUAGUAAAGCAAGUCAGAGAAAGUGCGACCAGAGAUGCUGACACAAAUUUACUCCAUUCUGAAUCAACAGGGUCGUUCAAGAGUGAAAUGCAAUUCAAUGGAGCAACUUCCCCUGAAGUUAUCAGCAGAGAUACCCGGAAGUUCUUGUCAGAUAGGCUAAGAAAUGUUGUGAGAAGUGAAGCACGUGCUGGUUUUCCCGAGAGAAAAUCAAGGUCACUUGCAUUAGAUAGUCAUAAAGAUGGACUAAAGCAAGGGGGGGAUAUUAUGAAGUACGCAAGUAACUGGGAAAUUUCCAAAGAGGACGCAGAAAUACAAACAGGUUCUUUCAGACAUGAACUGGAUGAAAAUAUAUUUCUGCACAGGGAGUUGUCUCCAAGGAAUCUUGUAAGAUCCUUGUCUGCUCCUGUAUCACGAUCAGGAACAUCAUUUGGGAAGCUUCUUCUGGAGGACCGCCACCUUUUAACUGGUGCUCAGAUUCGGAGGAAGCUUGAAGCUGUUGAAACUAUGUCCGUUGAUGUCAAGAAACGGAAAAAGGAUAGAUUUAAUAUUAAGGAACGAGUCUCCAAUUUUAGAUAUAAUCUUGCUUUAAGAGGGAGGCUUUUUGGCAGAAGGGUUCAAUCAACGGUGGAAUCACGUGCCAAUGAGUAUGGUCCCAUGGUGAGAGAUGUCACAAGUGGACCAACAGUUCUCAUGAACUGCGGUGAGCGCCAUGAGAACUCCACUGAGGUACCUCCGAGUCCUGCAUCUGUAUGCAGCAGCAUUCAUGAAGACUUUUGGAGGCGGACUGAAUAUUUAAGUCCAAUAUCAACUCCUGAUGUGUCUUCAAGAGAUGAUACAGCUGUGCCACAGGUUUUCAGGGAUAUCAGCUCUGGUUUGAAUGAACUAAGGAGGCAACUCAAUCAACUUGAAUCAGAUGGUCCUGAGGACUUCACUAUGAAACAUGAGGCCUCUGAGUCUGACUUGGACCAACUAGAGGAUCCAGCGGAAUCAUACAUAAGAGACCUACUUGUUGCUUCUGGACUAUACUUUGGUUCAUGGGAUAAGUCUUUAUUAAGAGGGGACACAUUUGCAAAGCCUAUUGGCAACUCGGUUUAUGAAGAAGUGGAAGAAUCUCGCAGGAAAUGGGUCAAGGAAGAUGAUGACAGCUGCAUCAAGGAUCACGAUAAGAAUAAACCAGGCCACAAAGUGUUGCUUGAUCUGUUAAAUGAGGCACUUUCAGUUGUUCUCGGACCUCCAUUGACAUUGUCCAGAUUCAGAAAAAAACUAAGUAACUCUUCCAUGUUGCUACCUUCUGGAAAGGAACUAUUGAACUUAGUGUGGGACAUUAUCCGUGUUUCUAUAUAUCCUCCAUCUGACAUAUCUACUUAUUCACUUGAUGAUUUGGUGGCUCAACACCUAGGAUCCAUCCCCUGGUCUGAAUUAAUAAACGAUGAGAUCAAUAUUUUGGAAAGAGAUAUAGAAUGUCUAAUAACUGAUGACCUGGUUGAAGAACUCACAAAGGAUAUAUGUUCUAAAAUGAAGUGAGAAGUAGCAUUUUACAUUAUCAUUUUGACAAUAAAGAAUCCUGCACAUGGAGCAAGGUUUAUACAUGAUUACUGAAAUUGGAAGAUAACCCCUUAAUUGAUAUUGAUGUGUGUAUAUAUAUAGUAGUUGGUGUGAGUGCUUGUUAUACCGAGGGCAUUGAGUUGCGGUAAUACAUACUGUACAUGAGUGGCAUGAGUUUCUAGGUUUAUUUUUUGUUAAGUAGAAAAUUGAUUGAUGGUUGUAGUUAUGAUAUAUCUUUUUUAACUUGGGAAAUAUGUUAGAAGUUGUUAUUCUUAAGAGAGUCAAAUACCAAUAAUGAAUUAUGUGAAAGGCAUCUGCCUCUGCCAUGUAUCAUGAAUGAAAGUCAAAUGUGAUUCAGUUUUGAUA